AUGUAUGUGGCCAACAGCAGUAGAGUGAAUGCAUUCAUACUCUUGGGACUAACUGACAACCCAGACCUGGAAGCCCCCCUGUUCAUCAUAUUCAAUAUCAUCUAUCUCAUCACACUGAUUGGGAACCUGGGCAUGAUUGUGUUGAUCUGGUUCGACUCCCAUCUCCAUACCCCCAUGUAUAUUUUCCUCAGUCACCUCUCCUUGGCAGACUAUGUUUAUUCCUCUGCUGUGACUCCAAAAGUGAUGGUUGGGCUUCUCACAGGGGAUAAAGUUAUCUCCUAUGGAGGAUGUGUUGCUCAAAUGUUCUUCUUUGUGACUUUUGCCAGUAUUGACUGUUUCCUACUUGCUGUCAUGGCUUUUGACAGGCAUGCUGCAGUGUGCAAGCCCUUACAUUACACCACAACUAUGACUACCAGUGUGUGUGCUCGCAUGGUGAUUGGCUGUUAUGUGUUCAGUUUAGCUGAAUCUUCUGUCUAUAUUGGGUUUAUCUUUGAUCUCUCCUUCUGCCAUUCUAAUGUGAUUCAUCACUUUUUUUGUGAUAUACCUCCAAUCCUAAAUCUUUCCUGCUCUGAUAUAUAUACAAAUGAGAUUGUGCUCUUUAUCAUAACAUCCUUCAAUGUCUUUUUUUCUCUGAUAGUUAUCUUGACCUCCUAUGCAUUUAUAUUCAUUGCUAUCCUGAGGAUGCAUUCAGCAGAAGGAAGGAAGAAGGCCUCCUCUACUUGUGCAUCCCACCUCACUGCUGUAACUAUAUUCUAUGGAACUAUAAUCUUCAUGUACUUACAGCCCAGUUCUAGUCAUUCCAUGGACAAUGACCAAAUGGCAUCUGUUUUCUAUACCACAGUAGUUCCCAUGUUAAACCCAGUUGUUUAUAGCUUAAGGAAUAAAGAGGUUCAUAAUGCCUUCAAGAAAGCCAUUGAGAAGUUGAAGUCUGCUCAACACAAAUUUCUUAUUAGAGAUUUAUUCGGUUUAUGUAAUUAA